UUUGGCAAGAUUGUUCAGCAGCAGAAGAUGAACCAGCAGACGGUGAUCUACUAAUGGCUUCUUGGAUUGGAUCCUUGGGAAGCAUUGGACAUUUUACACAACUGUCCAGAAUGCUGGAGAAAACCAUGGCAAGCUUCGGCAAGAAGCUGAUCCGGCAGCGCAAAGUGGACCUCAGCUCUGAUGAGACCCAGUUAGCUCGUUGCCUCUCCACCCUGGACCUGAUAGCUCUUGGCGUGGGCAGCACCCUUGGGGCUGGUGUCUACGUCUUGUCCGGGGAGGUGGCCGUGGACGACGCAGGCCCUUCCAUCGUGCUCUGCUUCUUCAUAGCGGCUGUCUCAUCAGUGUUAGCUGGUCUGUGCUACGCAGAGUUUGGAGCCCGAGUGCCCAAGGCUGGCUCUGCCUACCUCUACAGCUAUGUCACAGUUGGGGAGAUCUGGGCCUUCACCACAGGAUGGAACCUCAUUCUCUCCUAUAUGAUAGGGACAGCAAGUGUCGCUCGUGCCUGGAGCUCAACCUUUGACAACAUAAUUGGCGGCCACAUCUCUAAUUUCUUCCAAAAUCAUACUGCCCUGCAUGUGGAGAAUGUGCUGGCUAAAUAUCCUGACUUCUUUGCUCUCUUUCUGGUUUUGCUGCUUACAGGUUUGCUGUCGUUUGGUGUGAGCGAAUCUGCCCUGGUGAACAAAAUCUUCACAGCUAUCAACUUACUGGUCCUGAGCUUUGUCAUCAUUGCUGGCUUUGUGAAGGGAGAUGUCAAAAACUGGACCUUAUCCAAGGAGGAUUAUCAGAACCACACAUGGAAACUCGAGGCUGGAAGCAGCAUUGGGCGCUUUGGCAGUGGUGGCUUCUUCCCCUUUGGCUUUGAGGGGGUCCUCUCUGGGGCUGCCACGUGCUUCUAUGCCUUUGUUGGAUUUGACUGCAUUGCAACCACAGGUGAGGAAGCUCGGAACCCUCAGCGCGCCAUGCCCAUUGGCAUCAUUGCCUCACUCCUGAUCUGCUUUGUGGCUUACUUUGGGGUUUCUGCUUCCUUGACCUUGAUGGUGCCUUACUACUUGGUGAACAAGGAGAGCCCCCUGCCUGAUGCCUUUAAGGCUGUGGGGUGGGAGCCAGCCCGCUACGUAGUAGCCAUCGGCUCACUCUGUGCCCUCUCCACCAGCUUGCUUGGUUCCAUAUUCCCAAUGCCACGGGUGAUUUACGCCAUGGCCGAAGAUGGACUACUCUUCAGGUUUCUGUACCGGGUCCACAGCCGAACCAAGACUCCCUUGGUGGCUACUGUUGUGUCAGGCAUCAUUGCUGGUCUAAUGGCAUUUCUCUUUGAGCUGAAGGACCUGGUUAACCUCAUGUCCAUUGGCACUCUGCUGGCGUACUCCUUGGUUGCUGUUUGUGUUCUCAUCCUCAGAUACCAGCCUGACCUGUUCGCUCCUUCCAAAGACUUGGAAAUGCUUGAGAUGAAUGGAAGCGAAGAAGAAAAGGUGGUGAUUAAUCUCUCUCUCCGUGAUGGCCAAGUGACCCUGAAAGACAAGUUCACCUGGAGGCGCCUUUUCUGCCCUUCCGGAGAUGCUCCAACUGACGUCUCAGGGCGCAUUGUCUACAUCAGCAGCACAGUUGUCUCUCUGAUGAUCACCACUCUCUGUGGCAUCUUGGCACAACAGUCGGCAGCUCUCCUGCAACGCAGCAUUGGCUGGGUUGUUGCCUGUGUGGUUCUCCUGGUCGUUUCACUUGUUGGCACCAUCAUCAUCUGGAGGCAGCCAGAGAGCAAGACACGCCUCACUUUCAAAGUCCCUGGCCUGCCACUGCUUCCCCUCUUCAGUAUCUUGGUGAAUAUCUAUCUCAUGAUGAAACUGGAUGCAGGUACCUGGGCCCGUUUUGCUGUCUGGAUGGCAAUAGGCUUUGCCAUCUAUUUUGGAUAUGGGAUCCGCCACAGUGUACAAGGACAAGUCACUCCACAGUCUCAGAUAGUGGCAAGCAAACCUCUCCAGCGGGCACCAUCCGACCUGAGCCAAGAUAGAGAUAUCUGAGAAGAGGAUGUGGUUCUUUCCUUGUCCCUGCCUCCUACCCACCACAGGUCCCCUUGAGCUCUACCUGCCUCCUACGCCACCCUAGGACAAGCAGAUGACAAGCUCUUGGGCAAAUGGUCUCUCCAGCAUGCUGCAGUAUAUCCAAGUCAACCGUGUCAUCCUGUAGAGCAGGAGGGGAGAGGAAACACCAGCAGGAAGUGGGGCAGACUCAAGGGAAAGCUGAUUCUUCUGCUCUUAGGGGAAAGACAACCCUCAAGCAAAGAAGCUGCCCCUCCCUUCAUGUCUGUAUUUAUUCUCUUUGGGCCGUGUUGGCAAGAGAUUGCCUUUCUCACAUGUAGAUGUAUGUGAAAGUGUCAGUUUGUCUGCAGUCCAAAAACAUGUCUCUAGACCCUGAAGCUAUAAGUAUUUGUUGCUCUCCUGUUCAUUGUUUGUAUAACGUCAAAACAUUGAUGUUUUGUACAAUUAAAACUCCAAAGGACCAUUUUGUAAACAAUAAAAAUGUUUUUUUUUUUGUUA